AUGGAAGUACCUAUAGCCAAGUCGCUGAGCGACAUAUACCCUCAAGAUGCAGUUGAAAGUCAGACUCGAAGAUGGAACAACCUCAUCAAGACUUUCAAGGAGAGCUAUGGGAAGCUGCCCGACUUCGUCUCACGAAGUCCUGGGCGAGUAAAUAUUAUCGGCGAGCACAUCGACUAUUGUCUUUACGAAGUGCUUCCAAUGGCUAUUGAGGCCGACGUACUGCUGGCCGUUUCCGUCCACGAUCAGGAACCGGGCCCAAGUACUGUACGCUUAACCAACGUUCACCAACAGAAGUUUGAGAGCAAAGAGUUCGACAUUCCAGACACUGGCGACGUACAUAUUGAUUCAUCAACGCUCGAAUGGACAAAUUACUUCAAGUCCGGUUUAAGCGGCGCAACCGAGCUAUUACGAAAGAAGCGCAAAGACUUCCAGCAAAGCGUAGGAAUGAACAUCCUCGCAGACGGUACAGUACCAUCUGGCGGCGGGUUGUCGAGCAGUGCAGCAUUUGUUUGUUCCAGCGCUUUAGCGGUGAUGCGAGCAAACGGUGAGGCAAAGAUCGACAAGAAGGAGCUUGUCGAACUUGCCAUUGUGUCCGAACGCGCAGUAGGUGUGAACUCUGGAGGCAUGGAUCAGUCCGCAUCCGUCUUUCCACUGCAAGGCUCCGCUUUAUAUGUCUCCUUCGUUCCUGAGCUGUCCGCGAAGAACGUGGCAUUUCCAGAGUUGAAGUCUCCGCUUGUCUUCGUCAUUGCGCAGUCGUUUGUCGCAGCUGACAAGCAUGUCACCGCACCCGUGUGCUACAACCUUCGUGUGGUCGAGGUGACACUGGCGGCAUUGGUGCUGGCUAGAAUCUUCGGCAUCAAACAGUUACCAUCUGAUGCUGGUCCGCUUGGUGUCAGCUUAAGAGGCUUCCACGACGCCUACUUUCAGGAGAAAGAAGGUAUCAAGAACAACCACACCGUGUCCAAGGCCGAAUUUCGGGACCAGCUGCAGAGCCUGGUCGAGAAGAUUGACCAUUACCUUCCGCAAGAAGAAGGCUACACCCGCCAGCAGCUUUCGGAGAUUUUGGGCAUGAGCAUAGACGAGAUCGAGACUAAGUACAUGAAGAAGUUUCCAAUACGUGCAGAUAGGUUCAAGCUGCGGCAGCGAGCGUUGCAUGUCUUCGGCGAGGCGAUUCGCGUACUGCAGUUUUAUGAACAUCUUUCGACGAAUCCACCAAAGGAUGAGAAGGAGAACGCCGAACUACUGAAAGCGCUUGGAGCGCUCAUGAACGACACGCAAGACUCUUGCCGCGACCUCUUCGAGAACUCCUGCCCUGAGCUCGACGAGCUGUGCCAGCUCGCGCGCUCUGCUGGGGCGUACGGCAGUAGGUUGACGGGUGCAGGCUGGGGUGGGUGCUCAGUGCAUCUUGUGCCGAUUGACAAGGUCGACAAAGUGAAGCGCAAGUGGGUUGACGAAUACUACCUGAGGCGUUUCCCAGACAUGACCGAAGAAAAGCUGAAAGAAGCGAUCGUGGUUAGUAAACCGGGCAGUGGGAGCUGCUUGCUUGAAGUUCAUGGCAAGGGGACGGUAUAG